AUUAAGCUGGUCACCUAGUGUCUGUACACCAACGAGUGCGACUACCAAUUUUGCAUAUACACUUUUGCAGUUCGAAAUAUUUCCGAACUUUAUUUUUUCAUUAAUCAUAAAAUACGGAAGUGAGUCGUUCCGAAAAGAAAAUAUAAAAUUCAAUACUCUCGAACUUAUCUUUUUGAUAGGUUUUUUAAAAAUUUGAAUCAUCAUGCGUAGCGCAGUUAUCGUAGUUAUUGUCCUGUUCGUCGGAGUGGCGUUGGCAGCUCCACAGAAGGAGCCGGAAGAGGAAAAUAAGGACAAGGAUGAAUCACAAGCCUACAGCUACAACUGGGGGGUGAACGAUGCCGAAUCUAAGAAUUAUUACGGGGAGGAAAAGUCAUCAAAUGACGCGGGUCGUGUCGAGGGCAAGUAUUACGUUUGGUUGGCGGAUGGUCGCCUGAUGACCGUGAGUUACUAUGUCGACGGUGACUCCGGCUUCGUCCCCACCAUCACCUUCUCCGACCCCAACUUCAACCCACCAGCCGACGCUCCACCAAAGCCCACGUGAUUCCAGCAACUUCCUAAACCACCACCGAAUUUGUUUAGAAAUACACUUUUAUAUUUCUUCUCUCACUAAUUUAGCUACCCAUAUUUUUAGCAUAUUGCUUUCUUGUUAUUAUUUUUGUACGUCUAAUAAUCAUCAACCACUUGUGAAAACUAUGUUAAAACAAACACAGUACUACAUUCUUUCAUUUCAUUGCGCAAUGUUAACAGAUUUGGCGAGUUGUGUAUGUAUGAGGACGCACAUGGAGUGAAAUAAUUACCAUCCACUCAUCAUCACCAAAGUAUGCGCUUGGUUGGAUUAAUUAUUUGUAAGGAAAACUAAUUAUGGAUGAGUGCAUAUACACGAUGGAUUGGCAGGGGGUGGGAGGAUCAUGUCGUCGAUUAUAUUUGUAGUCGUACAUAUGUGUAGCACUACUACCAAAUCAGUAUAAUUUAGUGUUGGGAUUGCACAAUGAAAUCAAAUCAAAGUAGCAAAAUAAAAAUCAAUCAAUCAAUUAAAAACUUCAUUAAUCACUUUUGAUCUUCUUCUUCAUUACCGGUGCUAGAAAUUGCUAAUAUGUGUCGUAUUGUCCCACUCUGUUCUUCUAAUACCAACAUGCGUAUUAUUUGUAUUGACUACAAUGCGUUAUGGUUGGACUCGCUCUGCUUUUUUACCGAUGGCGAUAUUCAUUUUCAUAGAAUAAUAGAUGCCGAUUCAUUUUCUUGUUUUGCUGCUAGAUUUAAAUUUAACCUAUUCUUUGGACGCCUUGAGUUUAUGUAGGAUGGAAAUGUAUACCUUGUAUAAUUACGCAAUCAAUGGCAAAAUCUGCUUAAUUGAUCCUGACCAAUAUGAUAUAUUAUUUUAUACACAAUGUUAUUCAUAAGUCUCAAUUAUAUUGUGAAACCUUUUUUGUUUGUACUCCUUGAAACAAAUGAUUAUCACUUAUUACCAAAUCUGUACGAAAGGAAAUAUUUUUUUGAGAUUGAAAUAAACGGUUUAGUUUUGUAAAAA